GCCCGAUUCCUCAACAUCGUGAUUCACGUCCUUUCGCUCACUCGGAACCAAUUGCAUCAAAUCAGGAACACUACUCAAUACCUGACAAAACCACUCACCCCGUCGAUAAGGCCUUCCAGCUUUUCCGGCGUCUCAAAUGAAGUCUCAGGAGGCGCUCAAUGCGUUUGUUUCAGGGCCGAUCAAGAAAUCCAAGUUUGUUAAAGAGAAGGAGGCAGCUGAAGCCAAGAAGCGCGAGGAAGAGGAAUUAGCUUCCAAGGCUUACGAGGACUUUGUAGCGGCAUUCGAUGGGAACGAUCGAGGCGGCGGACGAGGUCGUGGCGUUGGGUCCUCAAACUCCCAUGGAAGAUCAACCCAAGGCCCAGCAUUUGUCAAACCUGGUGGGGCGCCCAGAACAGUCGUCAAGCUGGAUUCACCGGUCGAAGAGGAAUCCCCAUCUCCUUUGAGAGCCUCGCUUGCCCCCCACGCUUCGGCCUCUGCUUCAGCUCCUACUCCUGCAUACAACAACAAUCUACCCUCUAAUCCCACCGUUCCUACUACGUCGAAGAAAUUGAAAGCAGGUGAAAGCUUCUUGGAAGAAUUGAAAAGGAAAGAUGCCGAACGUGAAGGUCGAUUGGCAGCGAAAGCAAGCAAGGACCCCCGAGGGAUGAGUAUAACUGCCUUGGCUGCCUUAGAGACUGCCCCCCAUCUAUCCGGGGGUUCCAGGGAUACCGGCGACCCACUGACAACUAAUGUACACGUUGGCAAUCUACCCGGCACGAUAUGUGAACAAUCCUUAGGAGCCUUUUGCGUCAAAUGGGGUCCAAUCGCCUCACUCAAAAUUAUGUGGCCUAGAAGCGGAAGCGACAAUAUUGGUGGGGCUGGAUAUGGAAUGGUUGCCAUGAGACAAAACAAGUCUGGUGGUUUGAACGGUUUUAUCUCUUACAUGCGCCGAUCUGAUGCGGAACGGGCGUGUAGGGAGCUUGAUGGGUUUGAUUGGGGAGGUCAUAUACUUCGCACAGGUUGGGGCAAGGCUAUGCCUAUGCCCCCAGGGCACAAACCCCAAUUUGAGCUACCAAGAGAAGCUCGAACAAAUUCCCGUUCACCUUCACCCAGAAGACGUCGAUAUGGGCGCUCCCCGGGGUACAGAAAAAGAAGAUCGCGCAGCUUGUCUGGCGAUUCUCGCGAUUAUUGUCGGUCUAGAUCUCGCUCCCGAUCCCGAUCUCGGUCUCGCUCGAGAUACAGUGGGGACCGAGGACGUUCGACAAAACGAAUUAGGUCGAGGUAUAGUUCCGCUUCUAGAUCCCGCUCGAGGUCGCGUUCAUACGAUCGCUCGAGGGCAUCUUCUAGGAGCUAUUCCUCAGAUUACUCUAGAUCUAGAUCUCCUUCUCGAGACCGUCGCGAUUGGCCUAAACUCCAAGAGGAUGAAGAAAAGUUCAUCCGUACAGUUGCCAAGAAAGUCCUCGAGCACGGCGAACGGUUCGAGAGAACUUUGAGAGAAAGGGAAAGAUCAAAUCCGAAGUUCAAAUUUCUCAUUGAAGCUGAUACGGCGGCUUAUCACUUCUUUCGAAUGCUGGUUGACCGGCAUUAUCGCCCACCUUCCCCACCCCCACCCCCAUUUGCUGACGACGGAUACGCUUCAAUUUACUCUACUGACUCUGCCGAAGAGUCUGAAAACGAACGACUUCCAAAGGGUAAAUUGGGCAAAUAUGGCCGUCGAAGGUUCCAAGCUAUGCUGAGAAGCUUGACUCCUCAAAGAGAAAAAAUCGCCAGAUGUAUGGCUUUUGCUUUGCAUCAUGCGGAUGCCGCUGAAGAGGUCGCCGAAAUUUUAGUUCAAUCAUUGACUAUCGAUAUGACUCCAGUACCAAGAAAGCUUGCUCGACUUUAUGUGAUCUCAGACAUCUUACACAAUAGUUCAAAUUCGUUACCUAACGCAUGGAAGUAUCGACAAAUCUUAGAAAAGCUUUUACCCGACGUAUUUGAUCAUCUCAACCUGAUCUAUCGAUCGUUUCCGGGGCGGAUCAAAGCCGAGACGUUCAAAAAACAGAUCUGUUUGAUUGUCAAUGUGUGGAAUUCGUUCAUGGUCUUUGGGCAAAAUUCGAUUGAUGAUUUUAAUGAAAGAUUGGUCAAGCUUGAUGUGGAAGAUGAACAGGUCCAACAGGCCAUUGAUGGGGAGGAUGUUGGGAUCCCUCUGGAUGACGGCGAGGAUCUCGAUGGAGUGGCGGCGGAUGAAAGUUUCCUGUGGGCUGCUGAAGAACCUCAAGCGGAGGAUGGCCAACAAGCCCCUGCGCAACUAGAUCAACCUAAACCCACCCGCUCCUCAGGAUUUGCUAAGGCCUUCAAACCAGCAGUCAUGGAGCCCAGUCAACCUUCUGGUGAUCAGCCAUCCAAAUCCAGCGUCAAAUUGGCAGGUGCCAUCAAACUUGCCUGAGCAGUUUUCUUUCUCAUAUCCAAGCUGCUUAACCUCUACAUAUCAUCUUUCCAUCAAUCCAGAAAAUGGUAACUUGUAAAUUUCAGUUCAGGUUGCUAUCAUCUUCUCAAUGUGUCUUUUUUUUUUCUCUCCCAUUUGUUGUUUGACAUGUUGGAGUAAUGGUAGCAAGCACCAACCAUUAUAUUUAGGGAGUCAGUCAAACAACAGGGUUGUUGAAAUUUGCAAAGUAUUUUUUGAGGAGCUGUGUUGUAAUACUUUCCUUUGCAAAAUUGGACAGCACCACAUUUAUGUUGAAAUUUGCAAAGUAUUACUUCAAUCCAUCCUUGG